UUCCUCGUCUCGGACUCUUACCUCUUACCCCUCUCUCUCUCUCUCUCUAUCUAACGAUCUCUCUCGUUUUUCUGGUCAUCUUCGCCUUCUUGUACUCUUCUUGGAUUCUUGGAUCUCUCUGGUUUUCUGUUCCUCUUAAACUCUACCUCUAUCUCUGUUCUUUGCUGAAUCCAAGCUUUGAUUCUCGUUAUAAUAGCAGAGACGGAGGUUAUACGGUUCGUUGCAGGAUCAUUCAUUUGCUUCUUCUUGUGAUUCUCUUUGAAACUACCUUGAUUUCAUCUCUGUUGUCCUUUUUGAUCCAUUUUUAACCGGAUUCUGUCUUGAGAGCUGUGUUCUCACUAUACUGUUGCUGUAUCUUGUAGCCGUAACCUGAAAGAUCACUUUUUGUUGUUUUUCAAAUAUUUUUGGGGCUUUUGGGUUCUCUUCACUUAUCUAAAGGUUCUUGUUUGAAAAAUUUCUGUUCUGAGAAAAGAAAAAGAAUUUGCUUGUGGUUGGAUUUGAUUCCUCGAGUGGAACGAAAGGCGUUUGUGUGACCUCGACUGUUGACGGAUCAUUCAUUUCUAGGGUUAUUGGGAAGAUUUUCUCUGAAGAAGUUGGAUACAAAGACGAAGAAGGAAGAUAGUUGAUUCUUUAUUUGUCUCAGUGCUAUUUUUUUCAGAUCAAGAUUCACUCAGGAAGGAUGAUCAUCGGCUCUGUGCUACCUGUGAAUAUGAAUUGGAGAAUGGGGAACAGCUUAUUCUGCCGUGGAUCUUUGGUGAAUCUGUUCUUGUAGUUGAAUAAGUUUGAUUCCAGUUCCUCUGUCGAACUCCCAACGAAGGAGUUGUAGAGGAAUUGGGGGUUGUAGGGACAGAAGGCUCCCGAUGUCAGUGUGAAGAGAAAUUUAAUUUAUGCAUAUUUUUGGGGUUCUCAGCUUUUUCGCAACUCAAAUUUUGCUAGAAGCCAUUGAAGAAGGUUAUAGAAUUUGAAGCAUCAGAGAUCUUUCAGGAGUCCUGUUCAAGAGCACUAGAUCUGUUUCCGUGGAACGAAAAGGGAGUUUUUCUGAGGACUGAAAUUGCAAAAGAGCUCUUCAACUAUGGCCGUCCAGGAUGGUAGUGGAGGAAUAUGUACAGACGCUGGUAACAUCAGUGACAAUCCUGUUUGCAUGGAUGUUGGCACUCAAUUCGGAACUGGAGUCCAACUAAAGGAGAUGUAUCCCUCUGCAGAUGAAUUUGCACCCAAGGCAAGAAAACCUUACACAAUCACAAAGCAACGAGAAAGAUGGACAGAGGAAGAACAUAAGAAGUUCCUGGAAGCUUUAAAGCUGUAUGGUCGUGCAUGGCGUCGAAUAGAAGAACAUGUGGGCACGAAGACUGCUGUUCAGAUUCGAAGCCAUGCUCAGAAGUUUUUCUCUAAGGUGUUCCGGGAGUCAAGUGGCAGCAAUACAGGCUCUGUGAAGCCAAUUGAGAUUCCUCCUCCCCGGCCAAAACGGAAACCUAUGCACCCUUAUCCUCGUAAACUAGCUGUUUCAGUCAAGAAGGGAAACUCAGACCUAGAGCAACAAGAAAUGUCUCCAUCUUCAAAUUUAUCAGUUACAGAAUUAAUAAAUCAAUCUCCGAUGUCAGUUUUAUCUGCAGUUGGCUCAGAUACGACAGGGUCAUCAUCAUCAAAUUCACCCGAUGGUUGUGGUUCACCAGAUUCAUCAGCUGCUGGUUCAAACACUAUGAAUUAUUUAUUUCCUGAUCAAGGGAAUGGACACAUGCCAUCCACUUCAUUGGCAGAGGAUGAAAAUGGAUCUCCUUCAUCUGUCCUGGUGAAUGUUGCUCCAAUUCUGCAGGACCAAUAUUCCAUGGAUCUUAAGAAAGUUGACUUGGGAUCAAAAGAUGCUAAAGAAGAUACAACCUCAGAGGCACCCACGGUGAGUCUUAAACUGUUUGGAAGGACAGUGUUAGUAACCGACUCCAGCAGGCCAUGUUCUUCAAAUGUUGAAGCUCCCAAAUCAUUGCCCUCUGAUAACUGUCAGGAGAAUCUUGACAGCAAUGAGGGAAAUCCCUUGCAGACAUCACAGUUGAAUGCAAUGCAGACAGAACUGUCCUCGGAGGCAAACAAUAACCCUUUGACUCCUUGGGCCUGUGGAACUCUGCCAUUGUUCUAUUAUAUGCAAUUACAGAAAGGAGGUCAACACCCAGUAGAUGCCACUUCUGCUGCUGCACUACCUUGGUGGACACCGUUUGGAGGUGUACCUUUCCCUUUUCUUCCACCUCAGAAUCCAAACUCAACUCAUACACCUCCAGAUUCCUGUGUAGAGGGAGUCUCAGAAGACAAGGAUAUUCACAAAGAAGGAUCUUGGACUGGUUCAAACACUGCAUCAGUGAAUGAUGUUGGCUUAGGGGACAGGAAUGGGGAUGUCGUUGAUUCCCAACGUAGAGAACUUGAUUGUGAUGAGGAGGAGAAAGAGCCAGGUCUGUUUUUUUGGUUGAAACCGAGUGAAACAUCAGCCUUCUCCCAGCCAAAAGCUAGCCCCAGUAAGUGCACAAAGGGGUUUGUGCCAUAUAAAAGAUGCAUAGCAGAAAGAGAUCACUGCUCGGCAGUGACAAUUGGGGAAGAGCGGGAGGGGCAAAAAUUCCGGCUAUGCUUGUAGUCAUCCAAUUGGGUGAUCUUCCUAUAACCCACAUCUUCCAUUGUUCUGCAGAGAUGUUUGUUGUUUAACAGUUUGGGAGCUGAUUAACGUCGACCAGGCUGGUUUCAGUGGUUGGAUAAAGUGAGAAAUGAGAUAGAGGGGAGGUUGCUAAGGAACCAUCUGAGUCCAUGUAAAAUCUUAGUUCUCUUCUUUUUGUUUACUGCACUGCAACUGUUUUAAAGGUACAGCUUCCCAUGCAUAGGGUCCUGUGCUCUAGAUGUGUAAUCUUUUUCCUCAAAAUUCCUUGCAGCAAGCCCUGUAAUCUUCAAAUGUUUAGAUCUUCUCUAUUUUUUUUUUAGUUCAAAUGGCUAGAUACUCUAAUUAUUAUA